UACGACACAAACAUUACACAUUUAGUCCACGAAAUACCACUUUACGGAGUCUUGUUGUUAUUUUUGUUGACUGGAUGGCCUGAGGUGGAUGGAAGGAACGCCGGAGAGGAGGAGAAGAGGGGAAAGAAAGGGAGAAGAAGAGGAGAAGAGACUGUUGGACUUGACUGGCUUUAAUGUGUCAUUUGGAGAUUUAAGUAGCCCACAGCUGGACCUGCGUGAGUGCGUUUAUGGAUCCAAACACACACGCAUACGCACUGUAUUAUCGUGGCAGUAUAUGCCAUUCUGAGAGAUAUUUUGAAUAGACGCAGAAGUGGUUCCUGGGAAAAUGAGAGCAGAAAAGGAUGGCGGCACGGACCUCUUCUUGUUAAUCCUGCGGGCAAGUCAACACGCCCAGUCAGAGCGGCCAGAGCAGUGAUGUCGGUAUAAGUGUUUGCGAGACGUAGUUGGGCAGUGUAUCCCUAUGAUUUAUAUAGGUUUGGUCAGUAUGUGUUUAUUUCGGUGGAUAAUGAGAUUUAGAGAUAGCCCCGUGAGGGAUAGAUUGGUUGUGAAUUAGGGUGGGGGAGGGUCGAGGGGGGAGGCGUGCGUCACGGUGUAGGAAUCGGCAAAUACUUUUCAUCCUUUGCCCUUAGAGAUGGAGUUGGGGAAGGAUGUGCAUGAGGAGGAGGAGGAGGAGGCAAAGGAGGGGUUAGUGGGGGUUGGGGGAGGUAUAUUAGCGAAGGAGGCUAAGGAUGGGGACACUCCCAAGGACUGCAGUGCUGCCGAUACUAAUGACGAGAAGGAAACAAAUGAUGGCAUGAGCGUAGACUGUGAAAGUGGUAUGUGGGAAGGCAUCAGAAUGGACAUUGAUGCAGAGGAAUUCAUCAUUCUGGAUGAGAUGAUUGAGACUGAUGUGGUCGAGGAGAGUGAGAGCAACCCACCCAUGUCCUGGGAAGCUAAUGGGUCGCAAAGCCCCAAGGCAGGUGGAGGGGAAGAUCAAAGAGAAGAAGGGAACAGUGGAAAAAGCCCCACCAGAUGUGAGAAAGAGACCGUAACAGAAAGGGACAGGAGCAGUGAGGUGAACGUUAGUACGACUGGAACAGAAGGUAUCCCUGGGUGUGGUGAAAACCAGUCGCCUAGUGAAGGACAUGGGUCUGAAUCCCCCAAGGAGAGUGAGGCACUGUGCAGAUCCAAGGGAAAAGAGGACAGCAAAGAGGGUAUAAGUGAGGUGACCACUUUAACAGGCUUACAAAGAGAAGAAAGAACUCCAAGUAGAAGUGAUAUAGUGCUAGAAAAUUGUGAAGGAACGAGGGAGGGGGGUUUUGUAAAUACAAAUAUUUCAAAAGGGGAAACAGACAAAGUGAAAAUUUCACAUGCAGAGGAAAGUUCAGCCUUGCAAGAUGGCAUCUCAGAUCAGGUGAGUGUGUCAGCCAAUAAAGAGGAAGAGGGCUCUGAAAUGUUGCACACCUCUGGCUUACCUGACAGUAAACCUGAUGACGCAGAUGAAAAACCUGCAACAGAGGAAAGUCAGAAUGUGGCCCUGUCUUGCCAGACAAAAGGCACUGCAACAUUAUUUCAACCAACAAGCAAUAAUAAGAGUGAGGAGAAAGAUGCAUUACAGGAAUGUGUUGUGGGGGAGACUACCUUGGAAGGGGUAGAGGCGAAGGGAGCAGGGGAAUGUGCAGAAGAGAAAAACCAAAGCAAAGAGCAAAACAAGAACCAUGACAGAAAAGAUGAGAAAGAAUCAAAGGAUGGACAGGAGAAGAAAGACAGCAAUCAAAAGCCUAAGGAACAAACAGAAAGACCAGAGAACAAUGCAAACGAGUCAUUGAGUCAGGUGGUAAGAGCAAAGUGUAAAUCAAGUGGCAAUGCAAAAGACAGUUUGGAUGCCAAGGCACCCCAGCAAACACCACUGGCAGUGACCAACAGAGUGAAAGUUCAAGGAUCUGGCAAACCCCAGAGUGGCCAGCAGAAGGGAGGAGAGGAAUGGAACAAAAACCUCAAAAACAAGGGGAAAGCAGUUGGCAAAAAACAAGGAACAGGUAAUUGGACCAAGCUUAUGAGUCACAAGAACUCCAAAGAGGAGAAUAAAGGUGCUGCAAAAAGCAAUAACAACAGUACCUCUUCCGGCAAAGCCACAGAAGCGGCCACAGUAAAGAAGGAGGCUGUGACUUCCAAAGACAUUGCUUCCAAGAAAAAACAGGCACAAGCAAAUAGAGAAGAAAGCAAGAAUAAGCCCACGAAGGGCAGCAACAUUAAAAACAUCAACAGCAAAAACAACAACAACAACAGCAAAAACAACAACAGCAAAAACAUCAACAGCAAAAACAUCAACAGCAAAAACAUCAACAACAAAAAUACCAACAACAAAAACACCAGCAAGAGCAACAAGGAGAAGAAAGUUCCUGCGUCAAAGAGGGAACGAGAGGAAGUGGAAGACCCCAAAAGUAGGAAGAGGCCGAGGAAGGAGAACAUAGCGGAGAGAGGCAUUGAGGACGAGGAAUUUCAAAAGUUUUUGGAAACUUCAAAGGAGGCCAUGGCAUCCAGCAGGAGAUUCAGCCGAGUGAUCAUCGUCGGAGAUUCACGGAUUGAGCUUUUGGACAAACUCUGGGUUUUGGAGGAUAAGCACAUGAAGGUGGACAUUGUAAGUCGUCCGUUCCUGUGUUUAAAUGAGCUCCAGAAACUCAUUGAGGACCUCAUCAGCCUGGCACCCCAGCAGGAGACAUUGAUCCUGUGCAGCUUAGGCAUCUACGAGAUCAUUGAUUUUGAGGAUUACAAGCCUUGCAAGGAGGCCGGAGGGCACGAGGCUGUCAAGAACAUAACGAUGAAGAUAAAACUAUAUGAGGUUGAUGAAGUCUGUAAAGCCCAUAACAAUUUGCUCAAGCAGAUGAAGUUGGUGAAGAAGGCACUUGAGUCAUCGUCGGGAAAUGUCCGCGUCACGUUCACAUCCAUCCUACCUGUCAGCCUGGGGUCAUUCCGGGAGGUGCAGGUGAAAGCACACAAGUCGAAUGGCCAGCAUGAAUUGGACAGUGAGUACAUGGCCAACAGUGAGGUGCAAAGCAUGGAUAUCUGCCAGUUCCUGUUCUCUUUCAAUCGACUCAUCUUGAACGGAGUCAACGUAGAUUACACAAAGCAAAAGAUCGAGUGGAACCUCCUCAAGUCCCAAAUAUUUCCCAACCCUACCACGAUCGAGAAGCACCUUGGAGAUGGCUUGAACCCGUCAGUGGAAGCCGUAAAAGCAUUGAUGGUUCCACACCUAAGGGACAUCAUUUUGAAACACUCCCAGGCACGAUAUCACAAGAUUGUUCUGUUACAGGACUGGAGGAUAAAUGACUUGGAGAAGUGGACCAGUGACUUUACGUACUUGAAUUUCAAAGUGAUGGCCAAAGAGGAAGGAAGUAUCAAGCUCUCUUGUCCUGGAUCUUUGCCAGAGCUCCCAGUGUUCAAACAGUCGUUGAUUGUGAUAAGCUUUGGGCUGUACGAUCUAGUUAAGCUCACGGGAAAUCCUGAAGCGAAGGUAGAGUUUCUUUUCAAGGGAAGGUCAACAGAAGAAGUAAGCAAAGAAAUGCUGGAUAACAUGAGAAAUUUUAAAGAUCAAUUGAAGAAACAUUAUGAAGGCUGUGAUGUUGUCUUUGCUACUAUAUGCCAUGUAGAUUUGUUAUCAUAUUUGGAAGAAAACUCAGAACCUAGCAAAGAGGGCAAGUCACAGGAAAGUAUCUCUGGUUCUUCAGAAGAACUAAGUAAGCUCAGAGACGUUAUUAAUGAGGUCAACAAAGCAAUACGUGUAGAAUCUCAAGCUAAGAAGCUGCCACUGUGGGACUUCUGUAACAUAGUCUGUGGCAGCUCAGAGGACGAAGUCUCAAAGCCUCCCAAGCGCAUUCCAAAGUCAAUUCUCUAUGAUGGAGUUCACCUAACCAGGAACUCGGUUUUACGGAUAAUGGAAGCUUGUUUGGCAUAUUCCACUGUCUUGAGUAUCCAAAACAUUGACAGCCAAAAAGCAAAAAAAGCUGGGGUGCCUCCCACUCGUUCUCAGUCUCCACUGUUUCAGAAAGGAGACAAGAGAUCUGGGUUCCACAGACAAGUCAGCCCAGAGAGCAAAAGAGAAACCAGACGAGAGGAUGAGGAUAGGUCUUUCAGGUUCAGAAGUAACAACAGCAGCGGCAGGAGGCCAUUCACUGAGGACAAGAGCAUGAGCCCUUUUCAUGAGCAUGUUGGGGUGAGAGCUGCUGCACGACAGUUCAGACGGUCAGUGAUGGGCAUUUUGGAGAUGAAGGACUCUUACAGGUCAAGAGGUAGCAGGGAUAGGAGUCCUAGCCCCAUCGGUGACCCUAGUCGUUACAGACCACGCUCAGGACACACACACAGUUAUGCCCACACAAGAUUUGGAGAGAGGGAUAGGCGUAGCCCUGAGAUAAGUAGCAGUUUCAGUCGUCGUCCAGCUUCUCCAAGAAGGGAUGGUUGGAGACCCAGUUUCAGCCAGUUUCCUUUAAACAGGGAUCGAAGCAGGGGUGGACGGAGAAGGAGCACCACCCCCCCGGAGCAGUGGGCCCAGAGGAGCGAGGAGAGAAGCCACAGUCCACACCGGAGGCGUAGGAGCCCAGUCGCAGACCAGAGAGACACCAGGACACAACAAGUCCCAUGGAAUCACAGGAGCAGAGGGUUUUAG